AUGGCCAUCACAAAUGGACACGCGCCCCUCCCGCCUCCUGUGGAAGGCGCGUGCAGCUCCCUUGGACCAGAAGAACAUUGGAUCACCCACAAUGUCAGGCCAGUCAGUGCCGACAACACUGUACGUCCUCCCCUCCCCCGCUGUCCUCCACUCGCCCUGGAUCCCCGCGGCGAGCCUUGCGGCCUUCUGCGCGGAGCUCCUACACUGGCGGCUUCUGCGUUACCGAUUCGCGGUGCGCCGAAGGUGGAGUACGACACGGCGGAGGCUGACUUGUCCUAG